UGUUAUAUAUUUUCAGUAGUUGAUGGUCACGGACUUUAACAUUCUUCACUGUAAUUCUAUCUGUGCCUGUAAACUGAGCAAUCAUCUGAAAAUCUUAUUUAGGCAGCAGGGUUCCAGACGAGCUCAAUUAUGUUCAUUUUAAUUUAUGUAAUUUAAUUUCAUUUUGAUAGGAAAAAAAUACUUGUUAAUUCACUUUUCUAGCUAGUAGUAGCUUCUAAAGCAAGCCUUAUUGUUAUAAUUAUGGGGGAAAAAAGUCUUUGCGGGAGCCAGACAACGUUUUCUGGAUUGACACUCACCAUUUCAAAAGUCUGACUGAGGACACCAAUGUCAUCCAGAUCUGACAGCACAAGAGGCUAUGAAACUAGUGACCAGUUGUCCAAUCGUUCAGCUUUCUCACCAGUCCCAGAGUCUAGUGAGACUGAAGCUGAAGGCUUGAUAUUUUAUCAUAUGGAUCUUUAUGGAUCAAAGGAGAGGUUUGAUAUCUUUCCUGAAGAGCUGUCUAGUCAAGAAGACAGAUCUCUGGGGGAUACAAGAAGGGAAUCUGCACUGAGUAGCGAAAAGUUUCAGCACUCACAAGAAGCUGGCUAUGACUUGGAAAAGGAGGUUGCAGAGCUGGCUAAGAUGUAUGGACUUGAUGAGGACAGAGAAAAAGAGCUUGAGCUUCUUGGAGGACAUCUGGAGAGGGUGGAGAGCAGAUGGCCAUCUGCUCGCACAGGAAAAGCAGCUUCACAAGGCUCCAUGUAUAAUGCAUCAAAAAGCAGCUCACCAGUGAAAGAUGAAAGUCAAAACACAAAGCAACAGGAACUUCCUGGUGAAGCUUCUCAAGAUGAAGACGAGAGCAAAGCUAGAGCAGAGAAUGAGGCUGACAGACACAUAUGGUCCAGAGAGGGGCUUAGCAGCGGUGGCAUGUCGGAUGAGUGGGGCAGCCAGGCUGUCAGUGAGGAGGAGGAAGCAGCAUAUGUUUUUUGUUCUACCUGCAAGAUGCCAAUCAGAGCUUUUGACAAACUGUUUGGAGAGCACAAGGAUCAUGAGGUGGCUCAGCUCCCCAGUGCUGUGGAGAGCGAAAAGGAGGAGAUUCAUAAAAACAUGUGCAAGCUGGAAGAGCAGAUUGCCCAAAUGGAAAACUUUGCCAGUCACUUGGAGGAAAUUUUCAUCACUGUAGAGGAAAACUUUGGGAGGCAGGAGCAGAAUUUUGAGGUGCAUUACAACGAUGCAGUGCAAGUGCUUGCUCAGAAGUAUGAAGAACAAUUGGAAGCACUGGGGGAAGAGAAGAGGCAGAAGCUGGAAGCUUUAUAUGAGCAGCUGGUCAGCUGUGGGGAACAACUUGACACCUGCAAGGAGCUGACAGACACAACCCAGGAGCUUUGCCUGGAAAAUGACAAAGCCAAUUUUAUGAAGGCAGCAGUAACCAUGGUUGACAGACUGGAAGAAUUCUUAAAGAAAGAAGUGGAUUUAAAGCUUUCAACACUGCCAGACUUUGAAGCACGGGUCAUAGAUUUCUCUGAAGUUGAACAACUAAUGAACUCCAUUAAUGCUAUUCCAGCUCCUUGUGCCCCUGUGAUGAAUCCCCAAGCUCCCAAUGCAGCGACUGGCACCUCGCUGAGAGUUUGCUGGGGCCUCUUCUCAGAUGACACUGUCGAGUGUUACCAGCUGUGCUAUAAACCAGUGAGCAAUGAGCAGCAGGGUGAUGAACAAGCAGAGCAUACACUGAAAGUCAAAGAAACAUACUGCACAAUUACUAAUCUGUUGCCAAAUACACAGUAUGAAUUUUGGGUCAGUGCUUUAAAUGCCUCUGGUAUCAGUCCACCAAGUGAAACAGCAGUUUAUGUAACAGCUCCUUCACCACCUACCAUAAAGAAUAAAAAGACCCAAAGCUGUGAAAAUGCAGCACUGGUGUGCUGGGAAUCUGGAGACAUUAACCCGGUUGAUUCCUACACGGUGGAAUUGUCCAAGCUGACAGAUGAAGAAAAUGGGGAUAUUAUUACUGAGUCUAUUGUUGGGAUUCCUAACUGCGAAGUCCUCAUUCACCUCCAGCCAAGACAAAACUAUCGCAUCUGUGUUAGAGCCCUAAACCUGGGUGGUUCCAGUGACAGAAGUGAACCUCUCCUGAUACACACCACAGGCACCUACUUCUGCCUUAAUGAGGACACAGCCCAUCCUUUACUGGCUAUUCUGGAUGAUGGAUUUACAAUUGCAUGCGAUGAACUGGAAAACCUGGAUUGUGAUCUGCCUGUCUAUGAUAACAGCUUUACAAGGUGUAUUGGGAUCCUGGGCAGUCUGAUUCCUUUUCCAGGAAAGCAUUACUGGGAGGUGGAAACUGAGGAAGAUACAGAGUACAGGAUUGGCGUGGCUUUUGAAAACACUCCGCGACAUGGUUAUCUGGGGGCAAACAACUCCUCCUGGUGCAUGAGGCAUAUCAUCACACCAUCGAGGCACAAGUACGAAUUCCUGCACAGCGGGAUGACACCAGACAUCAGAAUUACUGUUCCCCCUAGAAGGCUUGGAAUCCUGCUGGACUACGAGAACUGCAGAUUGUCAUUUUUCAAUGCAGCUAUUGCCCAGCACCUUUACACAUUCAACUCGUGCUUCCAGCAUUACGUCCACCCCUGCUUUGCUUUGGAAACACCUGGUAUCCUACGGAUACAUACUGGAAUUGCAAUACCUCCAUGGACUGCCCUCCCAUAACCUGUGUUCUGCAGCUGCCACAUCUACAUGCAACCUGCACUGAGCAAUGCCCUCCUUUAGCAUUAACUGCACACUCCCUAUAAACAAGCUCUCCCAAGAGAGCAAACCAACCCUGACCCCAAGCCAGCUGUCUAUCCUCUUAGGCAGGAUCUCAGCAGCAAACCCACAAAAUCCAUAAGCAUCCCAGAAUCCUCCAGUUAAAAACGGUAAAUAGAUGCUACCCUCCUCAGAGGUGACACUGUGACCGAGCAGCAGUGGCAGCUGAUCACUGGUUCCCCCAGUACCCAUUUGAUGCCUAAGGAACUCCCCUGCUCCAGAGCAAUCAUUAAUUCCACUCUCAUGUCUGCUGAAGACCUAGAAAUUCAAAGAAAAACAAGAAUAGCAAAAGGCAUAAUCACUGCACAACUGCUAGACAGAGCUGAAAACACUCCAGCCAUGAAGCUGAUCUCACAAUCAAGUAUUCUUGUUGCUACAUGAAGUCUGUGACACGAGAUAAUCGAAUGCGCCUCCCCUGUGUGUGAGCUGUUCAUGCCUUCCAAACAGAGUGAGGCUUUUUGUAAUACCCACGCACACACCACAGUCUCAAAUAUUAAAAGACAUUUUUACAGCA